CUUGCAAAGGCCUUUUUUUCCCGUCCAACACAAUAUUGUUGUGUUUUUGCAGGACACCAAUGGGGAACUCGUAUGCGGGCCAGCUACGGACCACACGCUUUGAGGAGGUUCUCCAUAACUCCAUUGAGGCGUCUCUGAGGUCCAACACUGUAGUGCCUCGUCCUGUGUUCUCACAGCUGUAUCUGGAGACAGAGCAGCCGUUGACACAUGAUGGCCGUGCAGAGAAUGAUGAUGAGGAUGAUGAAGAUGGGUCAGAAUCUAACAGUCCUCCUAUACCCUAUCAGAUGAAGCCCCCACCUGAGGGAUGCUGCACCACAGAUGGCUUCUGUCAGGCAGGCCGAGACCUGCGCCUGUCUUCACUGGCAUCAGAUCCCUUUGAUGUGCCCACUGGGUUCAUGUUGGUUGGGGUGAAGUCCCCCUCCCUCCCUGAGAGCCUGCUGGUCUGUGCCGUGGACCACCGCUUCCUGCCAGAUGAACGGGGUCACAAUGCGCUGCUGGGUUUUUCAGGGAAUUGCAUGGGCUGUGGAGAGAAAGGCUUUCGUUAUUUCACAGAGUUCUCCAACCACAUAAACCUGAAGCUCAGCACGCAGCCCAAAAAACAAAAGCACUUGAAGUACCUUCUCUACAGAAACAACCAGGGCCUGCUGGUCCAAGGAGCUCCCGUCUUCUGGAGGGGACACGAAUGCAGGAUUAGACGGAUUGCAUCCACCCUUGCAGAAGGUCAUGUGACAUCGGAUGGACAGCCACCAAACAUUACCCCGACUCACCCAUCACACACAGCAGGAGCACAUGUGGACCCACCUGUUCUGCCACAAAUAGCUGAUGUUCCCCCCUCGCCGGCAAAUGGCAAUCAUGCUGUUCCCUCCUCUAUCACACAGCCACCUUUAAAUCAGUCAGGGCCGGGAAGACCCUCAGCUACAGGUCCACCUGCAAAUGCUGGACCUCCAAAAAAGAGGCACAAGGGCUGGUCCCCUGAGUCCUCUGCCAACAGUCUGCCAGAGAGCGCUGUGAAGACACCUCCAUCUUCAUCCACCUCAACAACAAUACCAGUUUCUUCUGUCAUAAGUAGUGGAGCCAGGCCAGAGACAGCCGUUCCACUGAGCUCACCGCAGGGUUCCUCAACCCCAAUUUCUCCCCCAGAGCUGUCUGUAACCAUCCCUGAUCAGCUGCUACACACCUGCAGACUGCAACCUGUCAUCUUUAAAGGUCACGGCCCUCUCCCUCAGCUAACUGGCAAUGUCAGUGAAGUGCUCGUCAGUUCUUUGCUCCAGAGCUGUUAUCUGAGCUCCCAGACGCUCCCCAGAGUCUACCAGCACUACGGACCAUCACCCAUCCAGCCGUUGUCAACUGAGAUGCAGAUUCUACUCACGGUGUACUACCUCGUUCAGCUAGGUCCAGACCAGGUGCCCCUCAUUGAGGACUUGGAGCAGAUUUUCAUGAGGUCAUGGAGGGAGUCCCACCUCAGCGAGAUCAGACAGUACCAGCAGCCUCAAACAGCUGCCACCCAGGGGAGACUAUAUGGCAUAGAGACCCUGUCCACCCUGCCUGGCCUCCCGCAGCAUCUCUCAUUACCGCCCCAGAGCCAGCAACCUCUGACCCCUAGCCAGCUUCCUUGGCUGGCCCAGCUGGCUGCAUCAUCCUGUGGAGAAGGCGUGGCGGUUGUAGGCGAGCAGAUUGGAUCUUUGGCUCAAGGCAUCCAGCAAACGUUCAGCAGGCUAAAGGAAGGACGGCUCGAAAACACCAACUAUGUAGUAAUUAUUGUCACUGCACCAGGACAGGAAACACAAUCCUGUGUGAUUGUCACAGGUAAACACCAGUGUCGGGCUUUGGCAGAGAGCAUGUACUCUCCCAGUGAGGGACUAAAAGAAAUAAACCAGCAACUUUCCACUGGUGUUGCCCAGGAACUCAUCCACUACUGCAACUGCCUCGGACAAGAUGGUGAUUUGGACUCCCUGCUGGACAGUGCCACCGUGGACAGUAACGAGCAGUCUCCCAUGUCCAGUAGUCAGGAGUCGGCUGAAGAUAAGAGUCUAAAAUCCAGGCACAGUCCAAAAGAUGUUCAGAGACCAAAAGAGUCACAAACACAGGGUUCAAAAGACUCACCGAGCACUAAAGAGGGAGCUUCAAGUCCCAAAGACACCUGUUCAGAAUACUCUGUAGAUUGGCGUGAGGUUCGUCCCAUCCAGCUUGCAGUUGCCAGAAAGCUCCUGUCCCAUGUUUGUGCGAUAGCCGACUCCAGCACUCAGAACCUGGACCUCGGCUCGUUUGACAGGGUCAGCUUCCUCAUCCUAGUCCCGCCCUCUGAGGUCACAUUUCAGCAGACAGUUCUUCACCUCUGGAGCUCUGGUGUCCUUCAGGAGCGGGGGGGUUUAGACCAGGAGUGUUUGUCUCAGCAGGAGGCUGAGCGUUAUGUGGUCAAGAUGGAUCAGAGCGCUCAGACACGAAUUGACAACCUCAUUCAGGAAGCACAUAGGAACUCCUACACGCUUUACAUCCUGGUCCAUGACCAUGCCCACCGGGACAUUAACAUUGAAUCCUGCAGUAGCUCAGACAGUAGUUUGGGUCUGGUGGACCAGCUGUUAAACUCCAGACAGGUCCGAGAUGCUCCAAACAUCCUUAUUCUCCACGUCACUUCUUUCCCCUUCGCCCUGCAGACGCAGUAUACUCGCAUCAGCCCUUACAACGAGAUCCACUGGCCCUCUGCGUUCAGUAAUGAUGUGGACUUGUACCAUGAGAGGACGAGGUACUUUGGUGUGUCAGAGCUUUUAGAGUCAACGCGUUCAGGCAGCAGCCUGCCUCUGAUGCGUUGUGAUUCCUCCUUUGAAAGUAUGGCAUCUGCUCUGGAAGAGAGGUUCCCAAAGCUGCACAGUGCUGUGAUCCGGACUACAGUAUUGAUCCAACACUACUGUGUAGCUCUGAUGGCUGUAUCUGGCAGAAUCAGCGGCUCCCACAAUCUCCACAAACACACGUCUGUAGAGACCCUAGAGAUUGUACAAUCACUGCUCACUGCUGCCCAGCAAUGUCCCGCCCACCAUGGCCACAUGGUCCUGCUGCGGAUACCCUCGCUGGCUCUGGCAGCGUGGGCCCACAGACGGCUGUCCAGAGUUAGGAGGCAGCUUGGUCUGGAGGAGAGUUUUGAAAUCAUCAUGGGGAAUCCAAACCAAGCUCUGACUAUUGGACAGAACUUCACUGACCAGAUCAAGACAUGGCUGAAGAUCCAGGAGGCUGACUGGGUUCCUCGGACCUACCUAGAACUGGAGGCCCUCCCCUGCAUACUUAUCUUGUCAGGAGCUGAGCCUCUGGGAGAAUCCCUGCCCAGAUCACUGAAGUACUGUGAUCUCAGAGUGAUAAGCUGCUCCUACCUCCAGAGGACCACACUUGAACAAGAGCUAGGACUGGCUGCUUAUCUAGUGAAGGCAGAGUCCCGACCUCCACACAACCCAGGACCAGGAAGUGACCAGCUGGAGAGUGAUGCAGAGAAACUCAGCAGUACUGACAAUGAGGAGGAGGAGGGACAAGAGAAUGGGGACUCCCCUCUGUCAUCCAGUCAGCAACUUCGGUCAGGCCCAGACAGUGGAGGUUCAGAUCCCUUCCCUGCACAAAGCACCACCUCUCCAAAUGUUCAGAAAAGGACCCCUGAUACCAUAAAGUCUCCCUCACCAUCACAGACUCAAAAUCAACCCCAGCCCCUGUCUCAGUCUCUUCUGUGUCCUCAACCUGCGCUACACCACCAAACCCUCCCUCAAGUGCAGGGUCACUCCCAGCCCCAAUUUCAGGGUCAAAAUCAGUCACUAGCUCAACCAAAUUCCCAACAUUACAAUCAAACAUCUUCCCAGCACCAGUCCCUCUCCAACAUGCAAGUACCUCAUACUCAACCACAAAUACUUCCCCCUGCACAGUCUCGCCGCCAACACUCCAAGUCCACCUCCUCUGGCUCCUUGUCCCCCCGAGCCUCCUCUCCUCAUCUGAGCUGCUCCUGGGCUCGAGGAGUGAGUCGACCGCCCUCUGUGCUCCUCCCUCGUGCCCUCUACGAUAUCAUCACAGCUAGCGACAGCAGCGGGCUUCCACGAUGUACUACAUUCCUGCCACACAUGUCCGUCGCAUGGGCCAGCAGCUUUAGGCCAUUGCUGAGUAAGAUGAUGACGUGCACAGAGCAGUCACUGUACUAUCGCCAGUGGACCGUGCCUCGCUCCUACCACAUGGACUGCAGCAACCGCACUGAAGGACGAAGUGACAACUUUCACCCUCGCAGACUGCUGCUCAGUGGACCUCCACAGGUGGGUAAGACAGGAGCGUACCUGCACUUCUUAGGUACUUUGUCUCGGAUGCUGAUCAGACUGAUGGAGGUGGAUAUCUACGAUGAAGAAGACAUCAACUACAGUGCUCAGGCAGAGGGAGUGCAGUACCACCCACCCAACUCUCGCUGGCCCAACCCAGAUAUCAUGAAGACUAUACACUUCAACUACACCAUCCAUGAUCCCAAAUAUGAUGACAUCAGCUCUGUCUAUUGCCCUGAAUACAAACCCAGUGCUAAGGGAAACCCAAUGCGCCAGGAGGAUGUGUACAUUAGACGGCGGACAUCUAGGAUCAAGCUGUCUAAAUAUGCAGCCUACAACACCUACCACCACUGUGAACAGUGUCACCAGUACCUGGGCUUCAAUCCAAGAUACCAGAUGUAUGAGUCAACACUGCAUGCCUUCACAUUCACCCAUCUACUGCUCGGGGAAGAGAUCCAACUCUACUUCAUCAUCCCAAAGUCUAAAGAGCACUACUUCAGCUUCAGCAAUCCUGGAGGCCAGCUGGAGAGCAUGAGGCUGCCUCUCACCUCUGACUGGAGCCCAGACUGCAUCAAGAGUCCAAUCUUCACCCCGACCACUGGCCGUCAUGAGCAUGGGCUCUUUAACCUGUACCAUGCUAUGGACGGAGCCUCUCAUCUACACAUCCUGGUGGUCAAAGAAUACGAGAUGGCUGUGUAUAAGAAAUACUGGCCCAACCACAUCAUGCUGGUCCUGCCCACUGUCUUCAAUGGAGCUGGAAUAGGUGCUGCUCAUUUCCUGAUUAAAGAGCUCUCAUAUCACAACUUAGAGCUGGAGCGCAGUCGACGUUUGGAGGGAGGGGGCCCAGCAGGUGAUGUCUGGCCUUUCAUCAUACUGGCUGAUGACUCCUGUGUUAUGUGGAACGCAGUGGAUCUGGACACUCGAAGUGGUGCAGUGGAGCACGCUGUGUCACUGAAGCAGGUCCUACAGCACAUGGAGGCAUGUCCAGACCUGGUCCAAUAUGGACUCUGCGGGAUCAGGAAGUGGAGCAGCCGUGGACUCACAGGCAAUCCAAGGAGAGAGCCGUUCUCCAGGGGUCACCUUCACGACUUCCUCCUACUCAAUGUCGACCGCAGUCAGAACGUGCAGUACGACCAGAACCGCUUCACCUGUCACGAUGUGGACUUCACCCUGAGGCUGCACAGUGCAGGACUGCUCGUCUGCCGGUUCAACAGCUUCAGCGUCAUGAAGAAGCAGAUCGCCAUCGGAGGAUACAGGACAUUCAUCAUCAAGACCAAGAUGACAGAUGUUCCCACCUCAGUUGGGCCAUCGCAGUACGUUUGUGCCCCAGACAGCAAGCACCUUUUCUUGGCUACACCUGCUCAGUUGCUCCUGGAGAAAUACCUCCAACACACCAGCCAGAAGCUGUUUCCCCUCAGCACCAAGAACUACGCACACCCUGUACUGUCUGUGGACUGCUACCUCAACCUGGGGCCUGAGGUGACGGUGUGUUUUGUGAGUUCCAGACCUCACUCUGUCAACAUCAGCACUACAGGGCUACUUUUCAGCGGCCUCCUCCUCUGUUUUGCUGACUCCUUUGUGACUGCUGGGUUCCUCAAGAAGUUCACCUUCCUCCAAGGUGCGACUCUGUGUGUCAUUGGUGCAGAUCGUAGCUCCUUGAGGCAAACGGUGGGCAGGCUGGAGCUAGAGGAGGAGUGGAGGUUCAGGCUCAGUGACGAAUUCCAGACUGCCAACGCCAAAGAGGACCGACCACUCUUCUUUUUGACUGGAAAACAUAUAUGACUGAAACACUAAUAAAAAGUUGACUACAAAGAAUCGGACAAGGACUGAUAUCAGUUCAACUACCAAAGAAGAAAUGUACCAGAGUGUUUUUUAGAGCAUGACAGUAGGCACUGACCCUACACUUAACGUUCACCUGUUUCUGUGCAGAGACUCUGUUCAGAGUGGAGACCACAGCGUCGACCAAAAACUCAGUAGAGGGAUCUUGUGUCUUAUCUAGGAUGGGAUUGCUCUGGGAUCUGCCAGGAGGAACUGAAAAACAUUUCUCUAGAGAGGCAUGACUGGAAAUUCUUGAUGCCACAGCAACCGAGCCCUGGAUAAGUUGAAGACAGACAAAGGAUUGACCCAUGAGACUCACUUGAAAAGGAGUGUUUUGGAAAUAAAACUUCAUGAUUAUUAAAUGCACUAACACCAACACACAAAAAGGAUUUGGAGGGAUGAGGUCCUCUUCUUGGCUGCAAACGUAAAGACUGACAGCUGUGUCCAGUGAGGUCAUGGUCUUCAAAAAUAUGAACAUGUUUUUGCCAAGAAAUCAAGAGGUAAUCAUUUUGUGUCAUAUGUUUUUAUGUGACUUUUAUUAGGCCAUGUGAGUUAGGAGAAUAAUGUACAGGAAACAUCAAAAUUUCAGAAGAAAUUGUUAUUUACCUUGAGGGUCGUCCAUAAAUCAUCCAAUAUGUCAUGACCACUAUCACUUUGUAAGAGAAUAUUUUUUGAUUGAAUAGAAUUGUUACUUAUUCCUCUAAAACAAACAAAGAAAUUGUACUGUGUUGAUAAAGUUGAUUCAGAUUAUUUUGAUAGAUACAUACACUAUCUUUAAUAAUAAUAAUAACACUAUAUUUAAAGGAAUAGGAAAAAUAUCCUAUCAAACAGGCUCGCUCGACUUAGUUAUUUUAAGCUUCUACUUUUCUAUAUCUCAUCUUUUCUUUGCAUGUUAACCUAUGUGGAAGUUUUACAGCAGUGUAACAGGGUUUUGAACACUUUAUGAUGCACACGAUAUGAGAAGCUUUAUUAAAGAGUGGAUACAAUCAUCUAUGCUAUGGUAGCCAUUUUUUUUUUGGCUGUUUGUGUGUUUUUCGUGUCAUUUUUUAAAAUGAGUAUUAUCUUGAAUAUGUUUUCUCCUAUUUGCAUAAUGUUAAAGUUAUUAAAUGUGUGAAUUAGAGAAAAAAGGAUUGUACGUAGAAUGGUUUAGUGUUAUGCUCUGUAGUUUGUACGAGGUAGGUUGUAUUUGUAACUCUUCAAGAAACAGGAGUCCACUGCGUGUUGGCAGUAUUUACACUUUUGUAUGCCUUUAAUUGUGUAUAUAAAUGUACAUAUUUUUUUUUACAUUUGUUUUGUAUGUUCCUAUAAUGAUUCAAUCAUAGUCAUUCUCAAUACCCAGAUUAAACAUUUUUACUUUACAGUUUAUAGUCUAGCAUGGAUCUUUUUUGCACACUUGUUGUCAAUCACUUCAAAUUAAAAACAUGGCAGAAGCACAUAUUUAUUUGCUAAUCUUUAAGAUCUUAUGUUUACCUCACUCAGACUGCCAGGUAUAGCCUGUUUACUUCACUUUGUAUGACUUACAUAUGCGAUAUAAAAAACCACUACAUUUCUUAAUUGCCAGAGCUUC